AUGUACCUGGACAAACCAACCGAUGAGCGCCGGGAAGGAAAUGCCAAUAAUGCAGUUUCAACUCCCCGCUCCGCCAUCGGAGCGGACCCAACCAGAGCAGAGUGGUUGAUUAACUCAAAUACGGUGAGCCAGCCCACUACGCCGGUGCGGUCCGACCAAUGGCUUGACAACACUCGUGAUCAACUCAGGGAAGAAAUGGCUCUUAUUAUCAUUCAUAAUCUCCUGGCCGGGCUGGCCGAAGCCGAACGUGCGGCUGACCAGAGAGCCCGCGGGACCGCCCUGACGGCUGACGAGGUCGAGAAUUUGCGCCAGGCCACGACGGUGCAGCCGCCCACGGACGAGAACUGUCCGGUAUGCCAAGAGGAUUACGCUGAUAAUCCGCGUAUCAUUGCCCUACCCUGUCAUCACGUUGGACAUGACAGCUGCUUACGAACCUGGCUGACCAGCUACUCUCGACAAUGUCCUCUCUGCCGACAGAUGAUUUGA